UCUAAACAUACAUAUUUAAUUCGAAAGUUAAUUGAAAAUUUUAAAAGAAUAAAAUAUUUUUAUUCCCUGAUAGAUUCCCUUAUAAUAAUUUGACGAAAUUCCCAUGUUUUCAUUAUGCUAGCAACCUCUAGAAGUGUAAUACUGCGGCACAAACCUCUGAAUUUAAAGAGGUUUCGGCACAAAGUAAAUAAACAAAAUGAUGAUAAACGAGAAACAAAAGUAGCAGCAGAUGUAAUUAAUUAUUUAGAAAAUUUUCCAGAAUAUAGGGAUAUUGUGGAUAAAGUGCCCAAAUCACUUCUAAAAAAAUAUAAAACUCCAGAAUCGAUGUAUUUAAUCAAUAAAAAUACAGCAAAAUGUAUAACUGAAACAUUUAUAAAUUAUAUUAGUAAAAAUUCUCCUAUUGUUGAAAUUAAUCCAGGAUUUGGAUUUUUAACGCAGGAACUUUUAGAAUGUCAAAAAGAUCCAAUAUAUUUAUAUGAAAUUUCUAACCAUUUCUCACAAUUUUUAACAGAUAUUCAAUCACAGUAUCCACAAAGAAUACAUUUGAAAUCUGGUGAUUUUUUUGGAAUGUGGAAGCUAGCCUUUAAAGACAAAUUGGAUGAUGGAAAUAGAGUAAAAGAAUUACUAGGAGAUCUUGCAACUGAUGAUAAUGAUAGAACAUUAAACAUAAUUGGUGCAAUGCCAAGCUUGACAUUUGUGAAACAUUUAAUCACUACUAUUGUUUUUCACAAUGAAACCAGCCAAUUAGGUAGACCAGACCUAUACAUGGCCAUGCUGGGACAUCACUAUGAGUUCCUGACGGAUAGCUCUGUACAAUUGAGUAAGCAUAAAUCCAUGCCAGCACUGUUUCAAUUGCUGUUCGAUUUUAAAAUUUUAAAUAAAGUGCCUAAAGUUCACUUUUUGCCGUGGAUGUUGGGUCAAAAUACUAUGAAAUCGUCCGUCAUUGAGGAAAACUGUCUAUAUUUAGUGAGGAUAACACGAAAGAUGUCAUUGCCGUGUGCCCCUAAGGAUCUGCCACUUUUGUGGUAUUUUUUUAAACCGCAAACCUUUUCUAAAACCACAAGAGUAAUUCCGAUGUUAGAGCAGUGGAUUCCAGGCUGCGGUGUGUGGCUCAUUACGGGACAAGAUCCUCCCGACACUAACAAGAAAGUAGGUCCGGGAAAGGAUGACGCCGCUCUACCUCAUAUGACGAUAUUUACCCAAUUUGGUGAUCUUACUUUACAUCAGAAAGUGACUGUAUUCAAAAGAUUCAUUUCUUGGCCAGAGUUUGAGCAAUGCCCGUACAGAGUUACUAUGGAAAACAACUUGCCGAAGUUUGCUGCGAAUGUUGAUGAUGACAAAAACAACAUAGCCGCUCAUAUAGAGGACAUGGAAAGCUCCGAUACAGAAAAUGCGCCUGACCAUUGAUGAAAAUAAACAUAUAUUUUAUGACCUACUAUUUAUA